UGUCUCCGACUUAAACGAGGACUCUGUAUGUCUCGCUCGCCUCUGCAAGUCCUGCCCAAUCGGCCUGGUACGGCUUCGACGUGGCAAAAGCCCCGAGGGAGGGAGGUCGAUACGAAUACACCAAUUCCGUUGGGAGAGCCCCAUGCCGUAUCCGAUCAGGGAUGCUCGCGGGGAUCAGGAAAAUAAAACGGGGAAAAGGAGGAGGUGGUCAAGACCACGCCAUUCCGUUCGUGUCAUACAUAUAGGCUUAAAGGAGCCGAACGGCCAGGGGAUUAUCGAAUAUACGAGCACCACCGGCAGCUCUCCACUCCUUUUACGAUCUGCUGUUUGAGAGGUGGGCGGCCCAGUAUCCGGCGUUUGCGAGCUUCCUGAUCGUCCUACUGUCGAGGACCUGUCGUCUUUAAAGCAUUCCCUCGCCAUGCAUUCCUGUUCCUUGCUACUUGCGAGUUCCGUCCGGGAAAUCCCCUUGAGGACAUCGUAGCGCGCCGAAAUCGUGAUCAUGUGCUCUACCUGACCGUAUUCACUUUCCUACCGAAUGGCCUUAAGACUACGGCAAGCUCGACGCGAACCGGGAGAUGGCUUGUCCAGUAGUUGUUGUAUGUCAGCGUUGAUAGGUGCAUACCGUAGGCAUACCUAGCCGUCGAAAUGGUGUCGAAGGCUUUAGUUAUCAUCAUACUGGCGGGGGUCGCAGCGGCCCAGCGCCACCCGCCGGUGAUGCGUGCCCCCGCCAACACGAGCGACAUUGUCAUCAAGGACUUCACGCAGAAGAUCGACCACGCGCCGGAUGCGGGCUCGGGUACCUUCAAGCAGCGGUACCAGCUCAACGCCACGUACUUCAAGCCCGGCGGCCCCAUCCUCUUCGUCCAGAGCGCCGAUACCGGGAUGCCGGCGAUCUCCACGAGCGACUUCAUAGACUACGCGCCCGAGCUCGGGGCUCUCGUGGCCAUGCUCGAGCACCGCUAUUUCGGCGACACGAGGGGCAAUAGUUACCCGCCCGGCUACGAGCCGGCGAGCGCCUCCAAGGAGGCCUUCUCCUCGCUGACGCUGGACAACGUCCUCCAGGACGGCGUCGAAUUUGUCGAGUGGAUCAAGAGCACGGUCUCCGGGGCCGCGGACAGCAAGGUCAUAUACGGCGGAGCUUCGUACGGCGGGUUCCUCGCCGUCUCGGCGCGCAUCCGGCAUCCCGACACGUUCCACGGGGCCAUCGCAUCCUCGCCAGCCCUUAGGUCGUUCGGCCCCCUCGACACGAACCGGUUCAGGUUCGAGGCGGCCAAGUGGGUUAACGACGUGUAUGCGAACGCGUCGGCCGAGGCGUCGGCUAAGAUAAAAGGAGCUAUGCUCGAGUUCCAGCGAUGUGUUCAGAACAACACGUGCGGCAGCGACAUCCCGGACCUCAACGUCUGCGGCAACGCUACCGGCGCCGCGGGAUACGAGAAACUGUACAACGCGACCAUGCACACGUACCUGUCGGUGCCCAAGUACAGCUACCCGUGGGUCGGGCGGUACCCGGCGGCGGACCCGCUCGCGGACCUGGUGGCGAAGACGGUCGCGGCGAGGACGACGGGCGAGGUGCUGCGCGUGCCGCUGCUCGCGGCGUCGUGGGCGGCGGACGCGCGGGCGUGCAUCGAGGGGGCGAACGCGAACCUGUCGUUCGCGGCUGGCGCGGCGGACGGCGCCGACCCGGCCGCCCGCUACAUCCGCUGCGCGUACUACGCGGUCAACGACGUGGCGGUGCCGGCGGGCAACGUGCUGCCCGAGGCCUUCACGCGCGGCGACGCGCCCCUGUGCCGCGAGCCCGCCUGGGCGCCCCCCGACUACCGCCGCCAGAACGACUACUUCCUGCAGAAGUACGCCAUGACCAGCGACGUGCUGGCCAGCGCCGGCCGCCUGCUGGUCGUCCAGGGCGCGCUCGACCGCACCGCCGCCCUGGGCCUGCCCGCGCUCGACCGCACCGCUGCCGUGGGCCUGCCCGCGCUGCCGCCCGACGCGGCGCGCAACCGCUCGCGCGUCGUGCUCGUGCCGCGCCUCGCCCACGCUGAGGACGCCGUCUCCGAGGCCGUCGAGCCCCGCGGCGCUAAGGCCGAGCUCGAUCGCGUCCGCGACCUCAAGCUCGAGCACCUCCGCGAGUGGCUCGGCCAGGGCAACCACACGCUCGACUCGUCCGCGGCGCUGCCCUCGGCGCGCGGCCCGGCGGUCGCGCUGGGCUUGGUGGUAUGGGUGGUGCUUCUCGUGUGGUAAUACUGCGACGAAAUCGGAAAGCGAGGGGGCUGGGGGGCGGUUGGAGGGGCAGAGGAAGUCAGAAGGAGGAGGGAGAAAGGGGGGGAAACCGGUAAAGGGAGGGAGGGCAAUACGGUGCGCUGCGAUCACACGGUCCGACCGACGAUAGACAUGCGGUCAUGGCGCACUUGGCGUUCUCGGGGCUUGGUCCGGUUGUUCCGUGUGGACGACGAUCGUCAACUUGGAGGAAAAGAGGCGUCCUGGGGAUAACCAGCGAUUACAAAGAGUUACUAAUUCCAAAUAUUCGUGUGCGUAAUGAUUGACGAGCUU